AUAACAUCACAACGCGCCGUGUAGAGGUUUGAGCUACGAUAAUGCGAAAAUGCCUUUUAAAUGUAUUAUGAGGCACUGUUUGUUAUACGUGUCCUUUGCCAUUUAAGGCGUACUGUGACGCUUUACCUGCUGUCCUUCUGCGCUAUGGAAAGGCGACGCUGUGACGGAGUGAUUCGCCGACUCACAGCGGAUUUCCGACAUUAAUGUAUUUCCCUGCUCAUUGUUCUUAUCGUCAUCCGUUUCAGAGCACUAAUAUCCGAUUAAUCGGACUUGAAAGAUGAAUCAUCAUGAAGGUAGACAGAAAGACGUCUCCGUUUGUCCAUAUUGCUAUCUCCGGCCAGUUUCUUGUGACAUUCAGCAUCUUUCUUCUUCAGCCGGUCACCGCCUUCCCAGAGGCUGCCAUAGCAGAGCAGUUUUGUAGAGACCCGGGUGUUCCAGAGCAUGGAAGCAGAACACCAAGUUCUGGUGUGUUCUUUGAGAACGCCGUGGCCAGAUUCUCUUGUAUAAAGGGAUACAGACUAAAAGGAGCAUCAAAGAUCACCUGCGUUUUAUUUCAUAAUGGAUCAAUGGGAUGGAGACCAAGCCUUAAACCAGUGUGCCUUCCAGAUGAAUGUCUUCCUCCAUAUAUUGAGGACGCUGAUGUUGCUAAUAAGACUUACAGGCCAGGGGAUAGCCUUAUUAUCAGAUGUCAUGAAGGAUUUCAAAUCCGCUAUCCUGAUACAGACAGCAUGGAAUCACUUUGCCAGGAGGAUGGAACGUGGGACAAUCAGCCCAUCUGUCAAGGUUGCCUGCGCCCUUUGAUUCCUCCUCACAGUUACAUGAACAUCUCUGAGACAGAGUUCUCCAUGCCUAUUGGAACAAUAGUACAUUACCAGUGUUUUCCAGGUUAUAAGCUAGAGGGUGCAGAAUUAUUGGAAUGCAUGUAUAGCCUCAUAUGGUCGGAUGUGCCACCCCGGUGCCUUGAUGUUGAAGCAUGUCCCUUACCUCCAAUGGUGAAGCAUGGAGAUUACAUAUGCCAUCCACAGCCAUGUAACCGCUAUAUCCAUGGGACUGUGGUGGAGUUCUACUGUGAUCCUGGCUAUUCUCUAGUGAAUGACUACAAAUACAUCACCUGUCAAUAUGGGCAGUGGUUUCCUCAGAUGCACAUCUACUGUGUUCAAGAUGAGACCACAUGGCCUGGCUUUCAGGAAUCUUUACUGCAUGCGUGGAAACCAGUGGCAUUCACUACCUCAAGUGUGCUGUUAGCCCUGUUUCUAGUCAUCAUAGCAAAGAUGUCCUACUGCAAAUGCAAGAGCAAUUGGAAUUCAAGUGAAGAACAAGAGGAUGCCAGGGGUCCAAAUGUCAUAAUAGUGGAUGGAGUUGCCAUAUCUCUACCUUCCUAUGAGGAGGCAGUCAGUGGUUCAUGCUACCAGCCUCCACAUGUGCUUCCCUCUGCUGGUCCAGGACCCACACAGACCUCAGAAGAAAAUGACCCUCCUUCAUAUCCAGGGCCCAUAGAAUGUCAGAAUGAUGCUCCAUUGGAUACUGGAGAUGCUGAGACAUGUGACAGCAUCUCAGAGCCAUCAGAGAGUCUACAAGCUAUGCAUCCAUCUUCUUCACAUGAUGUUGGGUUGAGCAAUGUUUCAGAGAAGACCAAUGUGAUCACCUCUAUGGAGGAAACUGCUUCCACGAGUCCCAGCAUAGAUAUUGCUGAUGAAAUUCCUCUUGUGGAUGGUGGUGAAGAGGACUUCUGAUACUGUGGACAUCCACUGUACAGUUUUAGAGUUUCUCAGUGCUGUAUUUAGAUGGUUCAGCACUCCACAUUGGUUUAACACAGACCCAUUCAUCUCUCUGACAGACGUGCUGUUAUUAUAGCCAACAUUUCAUUAACAAGGUGAUAAAGGCAAUAAUAUCAUAUGUUUAGUUUUUUGUGCUUGGAUCAUGGGGUAAAAAUACUAUGCAUUUGUAGUUUAACCAGUUUGUUUUAGUAUGAAUUUCACAUUGUUGGUUAAAUACAGCAGUUACCAAAGGAGAAAUCUCAUUUUACAUCUAGGGAUUAAAAUCAAAUUCUGCUUUUAAUCAGUCAAAUGUGUCUGGCUGGUCUUCACAUGCAAAAUAACAAGAGACGAUGAAAUAUAUUGCUU